AUGGCCACACAUUCUAUCUCUAAAUUCAAAUUCAAUAAUUCAAUAAAUAAAGAAUAGAUCAAAUUAUUGAAACAAUAAUUGAAUGAUAAAAAUAUUUAGGAUUCUUAAAUUAGUAAUUCAUAAUAAUCAAUAGUAACUAAUCUCACUUAACAAAUCUAAAAACUUAAUUCUUAAUCUCUAAACUUUAAUAAUAUUUUUGAUGAAAUAUAACAGCUAAAGCCUAUCAAAUAUAAUCAAUAUAGAACAUUCUCUUCACAUAAUUUAGAUCAAUCAUUAACUAAAAUCUUACAAAAGUUACAAAAAUCAACUCCUAAUCAUCAUAAUCAACAUGAAAUCAAUAAUAAUACAUAAAAUUAUAAAAAACAAUCUUAACCUAUUAAUAAUACUAUUCAAAAUAAUGAAGGAACGAUUAAGGAGGAUUACUAAUUUUGA